AUGGUGAAAAACAAAAAUAUUGACGGUCGGCACCAUCGCUCUACCACAUCCAAGAAUAAAAAGGCAGGCUCCCAAAUUCCAAGCAGCAAAGACGACACUCCUCCGGAUGACCCAGCCGACGGUGACAUCCCUGCUGCUCCCCCAGAGCUCUUGACCACCAGCCAAGGUCAGCUGGGCUUUCCAGACAGAGUCUACCUGCUGGCAUCAGUCAUCUUCCAGAAUAACCACCUGGAGAAGCUUGCCUCCCACCGGCUGGUGAAUUAUGGCAAAGAGAAAGGGCUCCCAUUGCCAGAAGUUAAAGAUGAGAUGCAGCACACAGCUUAUGAGCUUGCCUUCAAUACACUUAAAUAUCAAGAACUGCUGGAGGAUAUCAUGAUCGACAGCUGCUUUAACCUCACGCAGCCAUUGCCAGAUGAUCAGAUGAGCCUCGUCGCCGUCAUGCUCUAUGACUUCCAGGACAGGAAGUUCCUCCCACGGGAACGCCAGGGAUACGAGGAGUUCAUACAGGAAGUCAGAGAUGUGGAGAUCUGCCUCCUCAGGUUUAAAACCAAGCUUGCAGCCUCUCUGGCACGCUGCAGGAUCAAACACGAUCUCUUGUCCAUUGAGUGUAUCUUGCCUGAGAGCCUGAAGGCGAAGCAGGAGAGAUCAAGCAGCCUUCCACUUUACGCAUGGGUCAACGCACUGAAGGGCAGUCUUGAUGAGGUCCGAAGUGUGCUGAAGAGUGUGGGCCUCUCACAGGUGAAAUCGAUCGGGCAGCUGGAAGGGCAGACCUUUUGCCAGGAUCCCCACUGUGAGGAUAUGCUGGUAUUCCCUGCUCAACUGAAAGCUGAGUUGCAUUCCACCAAACUGCUUAGCGACCACAAACUUAUCAUCCAGGAUAAGUUUUGCAGCCUGGGCCCAAAUUCGGUGUGCUCCUUGCUGCCAGAUGAGGGUGACAUUCUUAUGGUGGGCUGCUUCUCUGGCCUCACCGUCUCCCACACUGCCUCCCUAAUUGCUGAGAAACAUAAAGCCAACGGCAACGACCAGCCCACGGUCUAUGUCUGUGUCAGCGAUCGUACAGACACUCAGAGGGAGGAGCUGCAGCAAGUCGUCACCCUCAUGGGCUGCAAGAAUGUGAAGCUGAUUACCGAGGUCUUCCAGUCUUUGGACAGCAAUGAAAAGCAGCUUGAAGAAGUGAGCGUUAUUCUGUUGACCCCCAAGUGUUCUGUGUCUGCAAUCAGCAACCCUGUUGAGUUCAUACUGCAAGAAAACGGAGACACCGACCUGCUGCAGGAUUUAUCCAAGGACUCCGUACCCCAGAGCAAACUGAAAGCUCUGGUGGCACAGCAGAAGAAGGAUAUCGAUCAUGCUUUGAAAUUCCCCAAGGUUGUGGCGGUGGUGUACUCCACCUGUUCAUCAUACCCAGAGGAGAACGAGGAGGUGGUGAGCAGAGCCCUGGAACAAGUCAACGCCGGCUCAGAACAGGAGGGGGAACCAAAAAAAGCAAACUUCAGGCUGAGCCCGUCCCCAUUCAGCACUCCUCACCAUGCUGAGGGCCCAAAAGAAAUGGACUCCUUCUUCAUGCUGAAGCCCUCGGAGCAGAAUAAUGGCUGCUUCCUGGCUGUUCUCGUUAGAGAGGUGAUUAGCAUCAAUGAACCACCACAGGAAGUGCUGGCCAGGGCAAAUGCCAAAGGCAUACUGGACAGGAUCGGCCCCAACCAGCCAACCAGAAAAGAGCGGCAUGGACAUACAAACAGGUUGGCAAAAGCAACCCAUGCUCGCAACUCUCAGCAUCACCUCUCUGUCAGUAUUCAAUCCAAAAGCCAAGAGAGCAGAAGCAGCAACAGUACUGGUUUGUGUGGACAUCAGGAAUUUGGUAACAAGCGAGAGUCACCACAAGAACACAACACACCGACGAAAACCACCACUCUGCGUCCCGCCCCUCCACCUGCUACCCCCGUGGUCCCUGCUGUCCGCGCCCGCAGGGCUCACCAGGAAGUCCUGAAACCCGUGGUGCUCGUCCUGCCUCCUGUUCACUUCCCCAACUUCUUCCCACCCCAGCACAGCCGGGCAGGAUACAGCCCCAACCUCAACUACAACAAGUGGAGGCCUCCAGCUCAAACUGGGCCCGUCUCUCGCUCCAGUGGUGGUUUCAAAUCCCGACCCUUUCUUUGA